CGGUCCCUUGUAGCGGCGCGAGGCUGCGCGCUGCGGCUCCGUCAGUGCAACAGCGUCACCGCAUGAAUGACAGCGCAGCGCAUCGGGAGAGAGACACUUCAGCACCGCGUCACACGAGCCGCACGGCCGCCGGUCGUCUGUGCAGGUGGAUCCAAACGGACGGAUUCCCGGUGCGUCUCUUCCUGGUGUUCCAGCUUUCACCUUCACUGUGGUAGAAUCAUGACGAGGUGACCGGAGCGGAGCGCUGACAGCAGGGGAGCUGACAGUAAAUGAGAGGCCAUCACCAUGCCCCCGGGGAAGUAUGGGAUGCAGGAGGAGUGGGAGAAGGAGGGGGACCAGAACAUCCUCAUGGAUUUCCUGCUGCCUACCGGGAUAUUCCUCAAAUUCCCUGUGCCUCGGAACGACACCAUCAAAAACAUCAAAAAGAUGGUUUGGAGAAAUGCCAAGACUGAGGCCCUGUACUGUGGACUGGGUGACCCCGAAGGGUACGUCUUCACCUGCAUCAAUGACACGGCGGAGAGGGAGGAGCUGGAGGAGGAGUCGAGGCGGAUCAGCGACGUGCGGCCUUUCAUGUGCGUCCUGAGGCUGGUGGCCAGAGAAGGAGACCGGGGCGAGAAACUCACCAACUCUCACAUCAGCUCGCUAAUCGGAAAAGGUCUGCAUGAGUUUGAAGCUCAGAAGAACCAUGAGGUGGAUGAGUUUCGGUCCAAGAUGCGUACGUUUUGUGAGGAGAAGGCGCUGGAGCGACAUAAUCUGCCAUGGCAACAGUGGAUGGAGUACAGCUUCCCAUGUGACCUGGAGCCAUGCUGCUCCCCUCCGGUCCACGGGGGCACCAAGUCCAAACACACCAAGAAGCUUUUCAUCAAUGUCAAGUUUGAGGCUUGUGAUGAAAGCUUUAUGCUGCAGCAGGACCCCCUGGACAUCCCGGUGGCUCUGAUGAAGAGCGCCUUGAAAAAGAGGGCCACCGUUUUUCGAUCGGUGCGGCAGGAGCCUGAGGACUACACCCUACAGGUCAGCGGGAGGUGGGAAUUUAUCUACGGGAACCACCCGCUGAGACAGUUCAAGUACAUUUUCUCCUGUUUAAGAAAUGGUCAGAACCCUCAGCUCAUCAUGGUGCACCACUCCACCAUCAGCAAAUACCAGGAGGAACAGGGCCAGCUGUGUAGCCAGGUGGGCAAGAUCCGCUCGCAGUCCAGACCUCCUCCUCUGCCCAUGAAGAAGCAAAACACUUCCUCUCUCUGGUCCAUUAAUGAGCCCUUCUACAUUCACCUGCUGCAGGGCAGCCGAGUCAACGCCGACGAAGGAAUGAAGCUGGUGGUGCAGGCCGGCCUCUUCCACGGCAGCGAGCUGCUCUGUAAGGUGGUGACGAGCUCCGAGGUGACGGUGUGCUCCGAGCCGCUGUGGGAUCAGAAGCUGGACUUUGACAUCAACGUGUCCGACCUGCCCCGCAUGAGCCGCUUGUGCUUCGCCCUCUACGCUGUCAUCGAGAAGACCAAGAAACCCCGCGGCACUAAGAAGAAGAACAAGAGAGCGGACUGUCCGAUCGCCUGGGUUAACACCAUGGUGUUCGACUACAAGGACCAGCUGAAGACUGGGGAGUUCAUCUUAUCCACCUGGCCAUCUGUACCUGAUGACAAAAGCGACCUUUUGAACCCGAUGGGAACCGUUGAGAAGAACCCCAACGUGGACAGCGCCGCCGGGCUUCUCAUUCGCUUCCCCAACAUUCGACCACACCCUCUCUACUACCCUCCUCUUGACAAGAUGAUUGUGAUGGAGAGGAACGGAGAUGCUGUUUUUGCCACUAAAGUGGAGCGCAUGAGGCUGAAAGAAAUCAUGGACAACAAAAACUCCACCGAAUUCUUUGAGGAUGAGAAAGAGCUCCUGUGGAAGCUCCGCACUGAGGUUCGUGACUGUUAUCCCGAGAGCCUGUCCAAGCUGCUCCUCAUCACCAAGUGGAGCAAGAGAGAAGAUGUCGUUCAGAUGGUGAGUUUAUUGAGAAACUGGCCUGAUCUCCCUGCCAUCCAGGCCUUGGAGCUGCUGGACUACAGCUUUCCCGACCCAGCAGUCCGAUCCUUUACCAUCAGGUGUCUCAGGAAGCUUAGUGAUAAUGAACUGCUGCAGUACCUAAUCCAGCUGGUCCAGGUCCUGAAGUACGAGUCCUACUUAGACUGUGAUCUCACCACCUUUCUGCUGGAGAGGGCGUUGUCUAACAGGAGGAUAGGACACUUUCUCUUCUGGCAUCUCAGAUCAGAGAUCCACGUGGCAUCUGUGAGUUUGCGUUUUGGCCUGAUUCUGGAAGCUUACUGCAGAGGAAACAUCCACCACAUCAAGCUGCUGACCAAACAGAAUGAGGCCCUGGGUAAAAUGAAGGCCUUGAGUGACAUUGUGAAGUCAGGCUGCCAGAAAAUGACAGUAGAGGACCUGAAGCUGUGCAUCAGGCAGGAGUCCUACAUGGAGGCAUUGUCCAACCUCAUGUCACCACUCAACCCCAGCAUCAUCCUUGUUGAGCUCUGUGCAGACAAAUGCAGAUUUAUGGACUCUAAAAUGAAGCCUCUUUGGAUGAUGUAUAAGAACCCCUCAGAACAUGCAGACAUGGUGGGAAUCAUCUUCAAAAAUGGAGACGAUCUUCGUCAGGAUAUGUUGACCCUGCAGAUGAUCCAUCUGAUGGAGGACCUGUGGAAGAAAGAGGGCCUGGAUCUGAGGAUGAUCCCGUAUGGCUGCCUGUCUACUGGGAAUAAAAUGGGUCUCAUCGAAGUGGUGAAACACUCCGACACCAUCGCCAACAUCCAACGGAACAACAGCAACAGUGCUGCUACUGCUGCCUUCAACAAGGACGCCUUGCUCAACUGGCUCAAAUCUAAGAAUCCUGGGGAUAAACUUGAUCAAGCAAUAGAGGAGUUCACACUUUCCUGCGCUGGCUACUGUGUAGCUACUUACGUGUUAGGCAUCGGAGAUCGUCACAACGACAACAUCAUGAUCCGAGAAACCGGACAGCUUUUCCACAUUGACUUUGGACACUUCCUUGGCAACUUCAAGCGUAAACUUGGGAUAAAUAGGGAGCGUGUGCCUUUCAUCCUGACAUACGACUUUGUCCAUGUGAUUCAGCAAGGAAGGACCAACAAUAGUGAGAAGUUUGAAAGGUUCAGGGAAUACUGCGAGUGGGCCUACAAGAUCCUAUGUAAGAACGGGACUCUGUUUGUUAACCUCUUCGCUAUGAUGAAGGCAGCAGGCCUGCCUGAGCUCACGUCCUCCAAGGAUAUCCAGUAUCUAAAGGAUUCAUUGGCUUUGGGGAAGUCAGAGGAUGAAGCACUGAAGAAUUUCAAAGUAAAAUUCAAUGAAGCUUUACGGGAGAGCUGGAAAACAAAGGUCAACUGGAUGAUGCACUCCUUGGCCAAAGAUAACAGACCAUGAAGAGCACUGCAUCAAUAAAACCCCACCAAAAAUGAUGACUUUAAACUUAUAGACAUAAAAACGUACAUACAUGUUUUAUGUGAAGAAUGGCAUUCAAAGACAGACAAAUGUUUACACGUCACUGGCUGAUUUGUGGUACAUAACAACUAAACAAAGGCAUCUAAAGACCGUGAGAUGUUGUGUCUCAUUGCUUCACCAAAUAUUUUAAUCGUGAAGGAGAUCCAUCUUUCGCCAGUUUACGAAUGGAUUGUACGUUUCCGUGAGGAGAUAUCAGACCGGAUCAUAAAUGUAUUUUUGAAUCUUCAGAGCCUUUACUUGAAAACCAUCUACUCAUGAAAAGAGAAUCAGUGAAACAGAAAGUUCAUAAGUCUGGUUGCAUUAGUCACCAGGUGGCGAGCUGCAAACAAACUGUGAGAUGACUCUAGACAGCUCCUCGCAUCAGAGCAAAACGGAACAGCGGCAGUUUCACCUCAAGACUUUCGGACGGCUGACAACAUUUCCAUGGCUCUGUCACAUCCUCUUAUUUAAACUGCCUUGUUGCAUUUGUGUCUCAUAUUUUUUAUUUGUUUUAUUUAAUUUUAUUACCUUGAACCACUUGUAAAGCCAGCAUUGAUGUUCUAGUAUGUGUUUCAUUGCCGUAAUGUGAUUUGGCAUUGAAGUGCUUACUGUUCUGACCCUGAUGUGCCAAUACACCUGAAAUAUUAUAACAUACUGUAAAGUGAGAUGCUCAGACUGAUAUUUCACUCUAGUACCAGGACUGUAAGACUCUAACUAAAGAGGUAAUGUGCAUUAAAGGUGCAAUGCCAUCGUUUGCUCAGAUGAGGAACUGUGUACCACUCUCUUGUCUGUUGCAGAAGCCAGCGACGCGCAGCUUUGCAGGAAUACUGAAAACUGGUCAGCUAUAAAACAUGUUCAUGCUUAAAGUGAGAAAACAAUAUGCCUAUAUACAUUUCUAAAUACCACAGUGUAUUUAGCUUUUAAGAUGUGUGUGGACAAAAACACAGCCAGGUUCAGUGUUUACCUCAUUUCCUUUUAUUCUGCUAAGCUUAGCAAAAAGUCGCCUGGCUCUUAUGUUACACUUUCACUAUGAGAGAGAGACUGUAUCUUUAUUUUUAUCUUUUAAAAUGCCUUAACUGUUUUAAUAAUAAAUACCACUGGCAGCUUGAGGGAGAAAUCACGUUAGGGACAAAAUAUUGAAAGUUAAAAGCCAUUAACAUGUGGAUGUGUUUCUCUGAAUGUGCUGUUGGUCAAAAAGUCUCGGUUUGCACAACAUGAGCUUUCUGAGAAGUGUGAGUGUGUGUGUGUGUGUGUGUGUGUGUGUGUGUGUGUGUGUGUGUGUGUGUGUGUGUGUGUGUGUGUGUACUGUUAAUGUUUUGCACUAGAAUUAGCAUUUUUAUUUUUGGCAUGAUGUGUCAGAUGCUAUGAGAAGUUUUUCUAGCUUUAAAAAGCCUGUUGCUGUUCACUUGAGUGUUAUUUUUUCUGGUUCUGGUGGAUUACAUGCAAUACAUUCUGCUGUUUGUCUUAAAAUGGCCCCUUGUCUAUUUUCUUUAAAUUCAUUUGACAGAUAAAACUCAGACGUUUAGGGUAAAUAUUCACUGAGGAAUUUAAAACUGUUCUUUGCGCUUUAUUUACUGCAGUGGCGUGUCCAGGCCUUUCAGGU